AUGGAUCUGGUUAUCACAAUAACGAAACCUACCAAGAGGGAUGAGAUUUUUGAUCAAGACUCAGACGUCGAGAUGGAUAACGUCGAUGAAUCUUUAGAGCAAGACAGAGAUUUGCAGAGUUCCAGACCUAACCAGAAUGCUUCGAUUGUGACUCCAGGAGAACUAGUCACUGAUGAUCCUACUUGGAUGAAAGGUCACGGGACAUACUCCUUGGGCAAUGAAACAUAUUCCUCAGUUGCUGGUAAUGUGUCUCGUGUCAACAGAUUAUUGAGUGUUAUACCGUUAAGAGGACGAUAUGAAGCAGAAACUGGAGAUCACGUUGUCGGAAGGAUCACGGAAGUGGGACAAAAGAGGUGGAAAGUGGAUAUUGGAUGUAAGCAAGAUGCCAUUUUAAUGCUCGGUUCGGUGAAUUUACCUGGAGGAGUCUUGAGAAGAAAAAACGAAAGCGAUGAACUACAAAUGAGAAAUUUCUUAAAGGAAGGAGAUCUAUUAAAUGCUGAGGUACAAAGUAUCUUUAGCAAUGGGUCAGCAUCAUUACACACACGUUCCUUAAAAUACGGUAAGUUGAGAAACGGAAUCUUUUUGAAAGUUCCUUCGAGUUUAGUCAUCAAGCAGAAAAAUCACUCGUAUAACUUUCCCGGAAAUGUCAGCAUAAUUCUAGGUGUCAAUGGUCAUAUCUGGUUGAGUAAAACGCCAAGUGAAGUCUCCUCCAAAGCCAAUGCAUCUAGUAAUAAAGCACAAGCAUCAUUUGACACUAAAGGCUCGUAUAAUCCAGGCCAAGGCACUGUGUCUAUAACAAGAUUAGAAGAGGAAUCAUCUUGGGAAAUCUACAGUGACAAGAACGAUCCUGAUAUCAGCGAGAGUAUCAGACACACCAUCACAAGGUACUACAACGUGAUCAAGGCAUUAAGUGCUUGUGAAUUAGGUAUAACGGAGCAAAGAAUUAGAAUGGGAUACGAGGCAAGCAUGAUGUUUUCUGAUGUGAGCAGUUUUAUUGAUAGAGAAGCACAGGAGAGCAUCUGCCGGGAUAUCAUCAAUGGAGAAAAGAUGAGGGGAACCGGCGCAUAA